GAUGUGUUUGUGACUGAACUCCCUCUGUAGUGAUACUAUCUGAUCAUGGAGGUCAAUCCUCACGAAAGCGAAAAUAUAAUGAUGGAGGCUUGGCUUGACGACAAUCUUGAUUUUGCACAUUCAUACUUUGUCCGAAAGGCUUCUCGGGAAAUGGUCAACGCCUGGUUUGCUGAGCGUGUCCAAUGCAUCCAGCCAUCUAGAGAAGGAUCUAAAGGCCCACCAGAACCUUUAUCAGCCCUCCAUACUCUGAGUGCAACUGAUGCACCAUCUUCCAGUCCAGCACCAUCCACCCCUACACGAAAGAUCUCUGCAUCUGAGUUUGAUAGGCCUCUUCGCCCGAUUGUCGUGAAGGAUGCAGAGGGUGCGCUUACCUUCUUAAGUGAUACAGAAAGGGUACAGAUGCCACUUCCUACAUCCCAGCGGCCAGGAUCAGGCAGUGGGACAGAUGGGGGUGGAGGAAGUAUGGAUACAGGUGGAGAUCGAGAAAACGGGGACCGUUGUGCUCGUCUUCUGGAGCUCGUACGUGAUGUUUCGAGCCAUUUAGACCUUACUACCCUCUGCCACAAGAUCUUCUUGCAUACUCACGAGUUGAUGGUGGCAGAUCGCUACUCGUUGUUCCUGGUUUGUGAGGACAGCUCAAACACGAAGUUUCUGGUUAGUCGGCUCUUUGAUGUCGCAGAAGGGUCCACCCUUGAAGAGGCCUCCAACAGCGGCAUUCGGCUUGAAUGGAACAAAGGCAUUGUGGGAUAUGUGGCCGCCACCGGACAGCCUCUGAACAUCAAGAAUGCAUACGAGGAUCCACGCUUUAAUGCAGAGGUGGACCAGAUUACAGGAUAUAAGACGCAGAGCAUCUUGUGUUUGCCCAUCAAAAACCACAGAGAUGAGGUUGUCGGGGUAGCACAAGCAAUCAAUAAGAGGUGUGGAGAAAAUGCAACCUUCACAGAACAGGACGAGAAGGACUUUUCUUCAUAUCUGGCUUUCUCUGGCAUAGUUCUACACAAUGCACAGCUUUAUGAGACGUCACAACUAGAAAACAGGCGAAACCAGGUGUUGUUGGAUCUGGCUAGUCUGAUUUUUGAGGAGCAACAGUCAUUGGAAGUUCUUCUGAGGAAGACUGUAGCCACUAUCUUAUCUUUCAUGCAAGCCCAGGGAUGCACCGUCUUCAUUUCUGACAGGGAAACAGCGAACACGUUCUCUAGUGUGUUUCACAUGGAAUACAAGGAGCUUGAUGGAUCUUUGGACCCAAACAGGGAAUGUGAUGUCAACAAGAUUAACUACAUGUACGCUCAGUAUGUAAAGAACACUAUGGAGCCACUGAACAUCACAGAUGUCACCAAGGACCAGCGAUUUCCAUGGACAAGUGAAAAUUCACAGUCCACAAACUGUCAAAUGAAAAGUCUGCUGUGUACGCCAAUUAGAAACGGGAAGAAGGACAAAGUAAUAGGUGUCUGUCAGCUGGUCAAUAAGAUGGAUGAAGUGUCAGGGGAAGUGAAAGCCUUUAAUCGGAAUGAUGAACAGUUCCUGGAGGCCUUUGCAAUCUUUUGUGGGCUGGGCAUCCAGAACACGCAGAUGUACGAGACAGUGGAGCGAGCAAUGGCUAAGCAAGAGGUCACACUUGAGGUCCUCUCAUUUCACGCAUCUGCCGCGGAGGAAGAGACGCGGGCGCUCCAGGUAACUGUGGCAGCUACGAUCCCUUCGGCUCAGUCUCUCAGACUGCUGGACUUCAGCUUCAGUGAUUUUGACCUCACGGACACUGAGACGACCCAGGCAACCAUCCGUAUGUUUGUGGAUCUUAAACUGGUGCAGAACUUUCAGAUGAAGUACAAGAGUUUGUGUCAGUGGAUUUUAAGCGUGAAGAAGAACUACAGGAAGAAUGUGACGUACCACAACUGGCGACAUGCCUUCAACACAUCCCAGUGCAUGUUUGCUGUACUUAAGUCUGGCCGGCUACAGAAUAAUCUGAGUGACCUGGAGAUUUUAGCAUUGAUGAUUGCAACAUUGAGUCAUGAUUUGGACCACCGAGGUGUCAACAACUCCUACAUCAAAAGGAGUGAUCAUCCUUUGGCUCAGCUGUACUGCCAUUCCACCAUGGAGCAUCAUCACUUUGACCAGUGCCUCAUGAUACUCAACAGCCCAGGUAAUCAGAUUCUGAGCAGUCUUUCUCUGGACGAGUAUAGGGCCACACUGAAGAUGAUUGAGAAGGCUAUUUUGGCCACUGAUCUGGCUCUCUACAUGAAAAAAAGAACAGAAUUCUUUGAGCUAGCUAAGAACAGUCAGUUUGCGUGGGAGGAUGAAUAUCACAGAGAUCUCAUGAGGUCAAUGCUGAUGACCGCAUGUGAUGUCUCUGCUAUUACAAAACCCUGGCCAGUACAGAAGAGGAUAGCUGAGCUGGUUGCCACAGAGUUCUUUGAACAAGGUGACAAGGAGCGGAAAGAGCUAAACAUUGAACCUAUCGAUCUGAUGAACAGAGAGAAGCGGGAUAAAAUACCCAGCAUGCAAGUGUCUUUCAUUGAUGCCAUUUGUAUACAGUUAUACGAGGCAUUGACUGGGAUCUCAGAGAGCUGCUCCCCUCUGCUGGACGGCUGCAGGAAGAACAGGCAGAAUUGGAAAAUGCUGGCUGAACAAGGAGAGGAAAGAGCUUCACUCAAUGGAGGACUGUAACGGCUCUGUUGACAUACCCACUUUCUCGGACCAUCAUCCAUCAUUCCCGCCCCUUUUUCUAGAGACUAAAGGAGUUUGUAAUUACAAGUACAAAGCUUGAACCCUCGCUGGUUUAGUAAUUAUAGCGGCAUCGGAGCAGGGUUUUGGAAGGGUUGGAUUAAAGAUGUAGCAGAUGAAAUAACUACUCAAAGACCUAUCCGGAAGAAAAGUAUGCAUGAAUCUUUACCUGUCCAGGUAAUCCAGUGGGUACUAAAGAUGGUGAUUGAGGUUUUAAAACGGAGUAAACCAUUUUGAUGCAAGGAAACAAGUUCAGCAACCUCAGAAAAUAAUUCAGACUUGUCUUUCUGUCUUUAAAAACAAGCACCUUUUGCAUUUACAGUACUGAGCUUACAAUGGGAGUCUAUGGGGCGAGACAUUCCGGUGGGUUUAAAAGACAGAAAUGUGAAGCUUAUAAUUUAAUCAAAGCACUUCUAUCAGGACGACCCGCUGACUGAGUGAAUUGAAGAUGCCAUUUAUUUGAUGAAUAUAAAACAGUAAUGUCUCUCUUUAGCGUAAGCCCCAUCUGGCGGUCUGAAGGAGUUGUACUCAGAAACGUCAUAUCCUACCGGAGAUAGGAGGCAGGGGCGAGGAGCCUAUCCCCGUGCAGGACGGGACUCAACAGGUGGUGGUGGGGUGGAGGAGGUUGCCAUGUUAGCACACUGAAACAGCAAUGUGAUAGAUUGUGAGCAGACUUAUAAAGCAAUGGCUUACAUGUGAUUGGCUAGGGGUUACCCCGCUAAUGGUGCGAUGAUGUACAGCUGCUAGAACUACGCUGCGCUUACAUUUACAAUAAUUCUUCUGUUAAAACUCAUGUAUUAUAUUUUAAAUUGACGUUUUUAUGGUUGUUUUAGGGUUACGUCAUCAUGCCAACGAAGUUGAAAAAUUGGAUUAACUUUUUUGUCACGAUUUUGUAACACUGGUAAUCACUGGGAAAAUAACACAUUGUUUACAUCUCGCGGCUAUACUUUUGAAACCGUGAGCAUUUCAACAUUUACAAAUUGGCCCCAUUCACUUCCAUUGUAAGUGCCUCACUGUAACCUUGAUUUUUGCUUUUUUUUAAAGCAAAAGAUGGACGAGUCGCAACGAUUUUUAUGGUAAUCAACAUUAUGCUGUCGAUUGAGCUUAACUUGUACUGAACCCGGAAUAUUCCUUUAAUUCUUUCAUUCAGGUUGUGUAAAUCAUCUUUUCUGCCUUUUCUAGGCGCAAGAAUUUCUGACUAUACGUUACUGAGAUAAGUCGUGAGGGUGGAUUUUUCUGCUCUCCUUGCGAAAGUUACCGGCUUUGCAGGGUCAUGACAGGAGUUGACAGCUUUACAUAGACAAGGUUGGGGCGGCUGUGGCUCAGGUGGUAGAGCGGGUCGGCCACUAAUCGCAGGGUUGGCGGUUCGAUACCCGGCCCACACGAUUCCACAUGCCAAAGUGUCCUUGGGCAAGACGGUGAACCCCAAGUUGCUCCCAAUGGCAGACUAGCGCCUUGCAUGGCAGCUCUGCUGUCAUUGGUGUGUGAAUGAGUCACAGUGUAAAGCGCUUUGGUUAACUGGGUAACUAGGGCUGGGUAGAAAUGUUUAUUCUCUAUUGAGUCCCAAGAUCAAUCGUUUACUUUGAAUUUUGCAUCUGUUUAUUUUGUUUUUAUUAUAUGAUCUCUAGGGCUCUCAAUUUAACGCGUUAAUUCAGUGCGAUUAAUUAUAUAUAAAAUAACGUGCUUAAAACAUUAGCGUAAUUAAUCAUGUCCCCGGACCUUAAUAAGGAAGAUUCCAGAUAAAUGCAAGCUUGUAGUACCACCUGUUGUCUCCAGGGGGCAGUAAGCGAAACUCCAGCUGUAUAGGCAACGUGCAGCUUACACAGAACAAACCACACCAUUAUUUACAGUGCAAAUUUCUUUCAAAUGUGAGCAAAACGGACACAACUGAAAUAUACCAAAAUGAAUCAGAACCAAAUUACAGGUGAAACUCGAAAAAUUUGAAUA